UUAAAAUCAAGAGUUACGUUGGGACUCCAGGUUGAGGAAUCUGUUUUGAUUCAACAAAGACCCCACCUUGAGAAAAACACUCAGAGGGUCUCCUCAGCUGUCUCUUCGACUUUUUAUUCAUUUUUACGGACACUUCAUCAGGAUUAAGUCAAAAUGCAGCAACCUGAACCCCAGCAGACAGCUCAGCAGACAACAGAAAUACUGGAUCCAGCAGUCCACUACCUGCGUCGGAGGAAGACGGCGCUCUGGGUGACGGUGUCUCUGCUGGCUCUGGCUCUGGUGGUGCUGACAGUGGGUCUGGUCUCUGCCACGCGCACCGACAACGUGCCUGUGGCUGGAUAUUACUCCGGCAUCACGCUGAGUUUUGGAGCGUUUUUGGGCAUUGUUGGCAUUCACCUGGUUGAAAACCGCCGACCUAUGCUGGUGGCAGCGAUCAUAUUCAUCAGUAUCGGAGUUGUUGCCUCUUUCUUCUGUGCCAUUGUGGACGGAAUCAUCGCGUCAGAGUUCAUUGACACAAGACUCUUGCAGGAGGACAUGUGUGACUUUUACGCCAGCGAAGCGGCUUACACCUACGACAACUACUACACUGAGGUGACGUGUCCUUCCUUUGACAAAGCGUGUAAACUGAAGCUGAGGAGCAACACAUGCUACUGUUGCUACCUGUACAACUGUGCCAGCACGGAGUUCCACAACCAGUACUACGAGUUCACGGGGGUCAACAGCUGCUGGGACGUGAUCCACCUGCAGCGCUUGCUCUGGACCGCCGUGGUGCUCAACGUCUUCUGCCUGUUCCUGGGCAUCAUCACCGCCGCCGUGCUCGGGGCGUACAAGGACUUGCAGAAGCCCACUCCUCAGACGGCUACCAGCCCCACACCACCCCCCAACAUCCUUUACAACCCCACGCAGCACAUGCUCACCUACGCUGGCUACUGCCCAUCGGGACAGACUCUGCCCGCUUACCCCAACUAUCCAAUCCCCAUGCAGCACAACAGCAGCUAUCAGCCCCCUGCCACUCCUCAGAUGGUCCCUGAGGGGGGGAAUGCCUCCACCCCCUGCCCGUCUGAGGAGAACCAGAGCCAGCCCCCCUCUCAGACCCCCAACCAGCCCCAGCCUCAGGGGGGCACCCAGGAACCAGGGUGCUACAUGCUGACCCCCAACGCUCCGGUCCUCUACGGCUCCGCCUACAACCCCUUUGAAAAACCCCCACCUUACGCCUGCUGAGCCCCCAGCCCAACACCUGGGGCCUGUUGGAGGAAAUAUAUCUAGACCUUGUCGGACUGAAAGUAGCACACGACAUUUCAUAGAUGACCUUGGAGAGCAAACAGUGGGCUUCACUCUGUACUGAUACAUGUUUCUGUGUUCGCACUGAGGAGAUGGCUAUGAAGUGUGAUUAUACAGACAUUAUUAAGAUAUUUCAUGUGUUUUAAGGGAACUGUUUGGGAUAGAAACUAAUUUGCUUUCUUGAAUAGUGUAAUAAGAUUGGUACACAUUUUUAUAGGUGAAAUUAAUCUUUAGCUUCAAAGUCAAACUGCUAACGGUGGCUAAGUCUGGAUAUAAUGGAGAAAAUCCCCCAAACAACACCUUUAAACCUCACCAACAAUUUUAUUUUUAUCUUGUUAGCUUCAUCUUUACAAAAACGUUAUUGUAAAUUGGUGAUGUGCUUUUAUUGGGGAAGUUGGUGAAAUCAAAUAAAAACAAAAAGUCACACUUCUUUAAGCCUAGAGCUCCCAUGCUAACCUGUUUCAUAUGAAUAAUCGUAUCGUCGUACACUUGGAUCUGAUCUUGCUAACUUGUGUAGAUUGGACUACAGGUCUUAUUGUGUAUCGUCUCACUUAACUACUGUAUUAGUCAUUCAAAAGGCUUUCUUGAACUGGAGAGUAAAUGUUGACACUGACGUUGCUGUUAUUUAUGUUUUGUGUGAAUUGUGUAAUGUGCACUUUUAAAGUCAGUAUAAUGUAUUUAUUAUUGA